CCCUAACUCAUCUCCCUUCCCACUUAUUAUUGUUCGCUCAUCCUCCUCACAAGUGGGUACUAUGAACAAUCAUUAUACCAAGGCCAAGGCCAAACUCAUUCUCACUUUCCAUUCAAUUUCCUGCUCCUACACACUUCUACUCUCAUUUCUUCAGCUCCUUUAAUUUCUACAUUGUUCCCAAUUCUCCAAAAAAAAAACUCGCCAGAAACCCUCGAUCUUCUCCAAAAGAUUUUGGUUUUUCAAUUUUGAAACCUGGGUCUGUUCGAUCUCUGCAUCUAAUUUCCAAAAGAAAGGGAAAACAAUAUAUCUAUCCAUCCUUCCGACCGUCUGUAUGUCUUCAAGCAAAGCAAUGCAAAAGCAAAACAAAAAUGUCAGUUUUUUGACAGAUCUGUUAAGGUUGCUGCAGCGGUCCAAGUGUGUCAAGCUUCGAAGCACCAUUAUUCAAAGGCAAUAAGAAAGAAUGCCAGUGCCAGCAGUGAUAGCGAAGCUUGGUUCUUCAAUUGGUGGGAAACUUGCGGAUCUAACAGUGGGAUCCAUUGGAAAACAAGUUGGUUAUGUCAUCUCCUACCGUCACAACCUAACAGAGCAUAAGGAUGCCCUGAAAGAACUCAAGAAUUGCAGAGAUGUUGUGCAGAUUAGGGUUGAUGAAGCCAGAAGACAGGGCGAAGAAAUUUAUGGGCAAGUUAAGGAUUGGAUCAGCAAGGCAGACGAAAUUACAAGAGAAGCAGAAGAGUUGUGUGCAAAGGGACCCCAGGAUUGUUCGUGGAGGUCAUGUCCCAAUCUUUGGUUACGGCAUCAGAUAAGCAGAGAAGCAAAGAAGAUGACAAUACGAAUUCGAGACCACAAGGACCAAGGGAAGUUUGUUAGUGUUUCACACUUCAUUCCUCCGAAGUUAGAAGGUGUACCGCCUACUAGCGAGAAACUUGAUGAAAGUAUAGAAUCCAGAAUCUCAAUCAGGAAUCAGGUUUUGGAAGCAUUGAAAGGUUCCUCUAGAGUUGGGUUGUGUGGGCUUCCUGGUGUGGGGAAAACUACCUUAGCCAAAGAAAUAGUAAACAUAGCUAAUGUGCAGAAGGAGAUCUUUGGAUUGGUCGUUUGGGUGACUGUUGCCCAAAAUUCGAAGCUUGAAUCACUUCAAACGCAUAUUGCAGAGAGUGCUGGAAAGAAAUUGGUUGUGGAGACUGUGAAUGCAAGAGCUAAGCAUCUCCUUCAGAGGUUGGAGCAAGAAAAAAAUGUACUUGUAGUGAUGGACGAUCUUUGGGAGAGACUUGAUUUAAGCUUAGUUGGGAUUCCACCUAAAUGUAAAAUUUUGUUCACUUCAAGAAAUGUGGAAUUGUUGUCCACUGACAUGAAUUGCCAAAACAUUUUUACAGUUGGUGAGUUGUCCGAAGAAGAAGCUUGGAAAUUAUUUAAAGAGAACGCUGAGUUUGAUGAAUCCAAUCAUACAAAAUUGCUACCUCUGGCAAAAAGUGUGUGUCAGCGCUGUGGUAGAUUGCCUUUAGCAUUAGUCUCAGUUGCUCGCACACUCAAAAAAAAGGACAAGGCAAGCGAUUGGAGGACUGCCGGAAGACGAUUGGAAAAGAAUUUAGGAAAAUACCUGCCAGCAUGGAAUAAAGAAAUAGGCCCUUCGUUAAAGCUGAGUUAUGAGUAUCUAAAUAGCGAACUGCAAUCUAUUUUCCUACUCUCAGCCAUGCUGUCUCACGACCCUUUGAUUAAAGACUUACUCAGGUAUGCUGUGGGUUUGGGUUUACUUGAAGGUGCACACUCCAUGAAAGAUGCUCGUGAUACAUUGGAUAAAGAUAUAAGUGAUUUGAAGGCCUCAAGUUUGUUGCUUGAUAGCUUUUCUCAUGAUCGUGUCACAAUGCAUGACCUCUUUCGUGACUUUGCAUUUGAAGAAGUGCCCCGUGCGAAGAGAUUUAAAGGAGGGCAACGUGACAUAGAAGACAUGACACAAUUAGAAGGCUGCACUAGAUUGGUCUUGGACAAAUGGGAUGGAAUACUUCCAGGUGAGUUGCAUUGUCCCAAACUUGAAUUCUUCUUGCUAAAUGGUGUAGAAGACUCUGAUUUGACAAUUCCAGACAAUUUCUUUAAAACAUUGAAUGAACUCAGAGCGAUGGGAUUUAGCGGUGUGAAUCUUUCGUCCUUGCCAACACUUGGCCACCUACAAAAGCUUAGAACAUUGUGUCUGGAAUCUUGUCGAUUGGAAGACAUAUCGCAGGUUGGGAAUUUGAAGAGUUUAAGAGUUCUUAGUUUUGCUGGCUCUAAAAUUAAGCAAUUGCCGGGCGCAUUAGCACAGUUGAGAUGCCUGCAAGUGUUGGAUUUAUCCGAUUGCGACGAUUUAAAAGUGAUUCCACCAAAAGUAUUAUCUAGUUUGACUAGAUUAGAGGUUUUGAACAUGGAAGAGAGCUUUUGGCAAUGGGAAGCUGAAGGAUCCACUAAAGAGAAUAGGAAUGCAAGCCUUGAUGAGUUAAAGCAUUUGACAAAUCUCUAUGAUUUGAACAUCCAUAUUCCCCAAAACAUUGCUGUGCCAGAAGACUUGUUCGAAGAUAUGCCUUUGGAGAGAUUCAGGAUAUCAUAUGGAACGUCUAAGUGGUUCUGGACUGGUGGUAAUGGUUGCUCUCGGAGAUUGAGAGUGUGUAGUGUGAAUUUGGAUGAUGAGAUGCAAAAGCUUUUGGGAAAAGUUCAAGACUUGUAUUUACAGGAUCUAAACGUCAAAACUAACGUUUUGGCCGGGACAGUAUUUCCUCAUCAAAGUGUUGGUUGCAAAUCUAUAAAAGCCAUUGUGGGGUCUACUAAUAAAGAUUCAACUGAUGCCAAUGUGUUUCAUGCAUUGCGUUCUUUGAACUCGAGAGAUUUGCCAAUGCUUUCGGCAUUCCACGAGCAAGAGGAGGAGGAGAUUAAUGCAAAAAGUAAAUCACUUUUCAACAGCAAGGUUUCCAUUCAGGAGAUAGAGAAAUUGGAUCUAAGGGAGUUAAACAGAAUGAUUUCAUCGAUAUGGGAUGACCAACUUCCAGAAAACUCGUUCACCAACUUAAAAACUUUGGUAGUCGUAAAUUGUGGCUUUGCGGGGAGAUUGGUCCCCUUUCAUGUACUCAGAUCUUUGAAGCAUUUGGAAACAGUAGUCGUUAAAUAUUGUGAUAAGGUGGAGGUGGUGUUUGAUUUUGAAGAGUUGAACGGUGAGGAGAUACAGUCACCUGCAUUGAUUAGUGUCCCAUUGAAAGAGCUGUUCCUGUACAGGUUGCCAGAACUGAAGCAUGUGUGGAGCAAUUGGCCGCAAGAGACGGUGUCCUUCCCAUUUCUGGAAGAAGUAGAGAUUGAGGAAUGUGAGAGGCUGACGAGUAUGUUUCCUUCAACAGCGUUGCAAGAGGAGUAUCCUCUAUUUCCUCACCAAAAGAUAAAAGAUUUGAAGUUGUGCCCUGAGAUGAGAAGCCUAUGGAUGGAAAAACUUUCACACCGCAUGGCUUUUAGCAGAUUGCAGCAUUUAACUCUUGACAGUUGUGACUUCUUAUCUGAAUGUGUGAUACCCACACAUUUGGUAAGAUCCUUGAGCAUUACUUUGCAAGAUCUGGAGGUGCAUAAUUGUCAAUAUAUAAAAGCAAUAUUUGGUCCGGUUAUGGAUGAUGAGGGGGAGGCACACCUUGAUGAUGGAAUUAUAUUUUUCUCGUCUCUUCGAGAACUAAGUGUCAUUGAAUGUAAAAGUUUAGAAUACAUUUUUAUGGCAUCAUCAGUAGCUAAAGGACUUGAGGAUAAGAGUUUAGAGGAAUCUCCAAAAUUCGUAUUUCCUCUUUUAGAGUCUUUGCGAUUGGAGAAGUUACAUGAUCUCAAGGGUUUUUGUCCACAAAGAUGUACAUUUGAAUGGCCACGACUCACAUCGCUAUGGGCGUUUCAAUGUGAGAAUUUAAAAGUAUUUGGCACCGAAAUGACAAGUAUUACAGAAUUGGGUGAAAAAGAUGAAAUUGAAGAUCUUCAUACACUGCCCUUCUUGGCUGAAAAGGUCAUUCCUAAGUUAGAAACACUAUCAUUAAGCCAAAAAGAUUUGGCUGUCAUAAAAAACCACCCAUUCGAGACAAAUCUCUUUGAUAAAAUGAAAAUGCUUUUACUAGGAGGCUUUUCUGGAGAAUCAGCAGCAGCAGCAUCCUUUCCGUGUGAUUUUCUUGAUAGAUUUCCAAAGCUUGUGCGGCUCUAUGUGGAAGAUAGUGACUUUGAGAAGAUAUUCUCAUCCUUUCCAUUUAGUACUUUCUUGAACUUUUUAAAGCUUUCCGGUUUGGAUCAGCUCAAAACCAUAUGGAAUGAUGAUGAUUCUUCUCAGUCACAGCCACUUUAUCUGAUAAGUCUAGAAACUCUUUUAGUGGAAUGCUGUUGUAAUUUGAUAACGCUGACACCGUCUUCUGCUUCACUUGGAAAUUUAAUGCAUCUGAGGGUGUCUGGCUGUCAUCAAUUGACCUGUUUGUUCACAGAUUCAACUGCCAAAAGCUUGGUAAAUCUAGAAGCAUUGGUGGUAAAGGACUGCAAAAAGAUGAAGGAAAUCGUGAGAAAUGAGAGUGAAGAUGCAGUAGGAGGAGCAGGAAUCACAUUCAAUCAAUUGUGGAAUCUAGAACUUGAUGCUCUACCGAGCUUAGAGGGAUUUUGUUUGAAAAAUCAGACCUUUCAAUUCCCAGACUUAAGUGGAGUAACUAUAAAGGGAUGCCAUCAAAUGAAGAUGUUUUCUCUUGGGGUCUCGCGAACACCAGAUUUAGAGAAUGUGAUCAUAGACGAUAUCAGCAUGCCCUUGAAAGGAGAUCUUAACAACACAAUAGAAUCGCAUGUUCGUCUCAGAAAAGGAUGACCAAAUUAAAAUAUAAGGACUGGCGGAGUUCGUCAUUCAUAGUAUCUUCUUCUCAGGUGGUGCUGCUCCUACAUACGUGGGAUGACCACCCUGGUAUGCUAGCUGCAUUCAUAAAGUUCUGGGCAGGACUAUGUUUGGCAUACUCAUAGUUAUUAUAAUUAUUUCAUUAUUUAAUAUUUUUGUGUAUGAGUGAGAUUAUGACACUCCUUCAAGGGUUUUCUUUUCGGUUCUUUCCCUUGAUGUUGUUGUGAACCGACAGGACUAGAAUUUCUAUCUUUUCUAUAAAUUUGGAUGUUCUUACUUUAUUUGAAAAGGUAUCAAAUUGUUAUUUCCAAGCCCUUUUUCCAUCUCCUU